ACGAAUCCGUUUCUAGGCGUCUCAACGUGCGAGGUGGACGCGCCACAUAAUAAGGUAACCGUCACCGGCAACGUCGACGCCGACUAUCUAAUUAAGAAGCUGCUCAAGUCCGGGAAGCAGGCCGACCUCUGGCCGGAGCCGAAGAUCCAGAAGCCCCCCCCUACCACAGCCCCCCAGAACCCUAACCCUAACCCUAACCCUAACACGACCCAGAAGAAAGAGCCCCAUCCACCAAAAGAAACCUCCGACAAAUCCCAGAAGACCCCCUCCGAAACACCCAAAGAAAUCGACACUAAACCCGCGAAGGAGCCGCAGAAACCCAGUGACGAGCCCAAGAAGAGCGCCAAAGUAGACGACCCAAAACCCGACGAGAGUAAAACACAGAGCUCCUCCGAAGCCCCGCCGGCCAAGAUCCCCACCUCCGGCGAAGAAGCCGGUAGCAGCACCGGAGCAAACAAGAAGGAAAAGAAGGGCCAAAAUUCUAAGCCCGCCGACAACAAACGCGAAGCCGACUCCGCCGCGCCACCACCAGAUGUGCGCAUGCACCAAAUGUACCUGCCGCCGCCGGCGGCCAUUGUGAGCUACAAUACAGCGCAGCCGAGCACUAGCCACGCAUACUACGCGCCCGCUCCGAUGCCGCACAUGAUGUCGCAGGGCUAUGCGGCCGCUCCGGUGCCGCACAUGAUGCCGCAGGGCUAUGCGGCGGCUCCGGUGCCGCACAUGAUGCUGCAGGACUAUGCUGCCGCUCCGGUGCCGCACAUGAUGCCGCAGGGCUACACGUUCGCGCCGUACUACGCUGCGCCGCAGCCGCAGCAGCUGCCGCUGGAGGACUUGUACUACGGCCCGCCGGGGUCGAGGCUGUCGUCGCCGCCCAGGGACCAGUACGAGUAUGCAGUUUUCAACGAUGAGAAUGCCAAUUCCUGCAAUGUUAUGUAAGUUUUGCAAGCAUUCAAAGGUCACAGUUUGAUGAUGUUUUUGCAUGUACAAGUAUAUGUUAUAUCUUAGACAUAUGUUCUACUAUAUAUAUAUAUAUAUAUAUAUACAUACUUUCAUAUGUGAAAGUUUGGAAUCCUGAGGGAGUAUAGAAUCAAGGCGCAAUUCCUUUUGAUAUUUUCUAAUAUACUGUUUGUUAAUCUGUUAUUGUG